AUGGAUCAACAACAGCUUUCAUCAAGUGGCAUUGAGAAAAAGAAGAGGAAAUGUGUAAGAAAUAAAUUUCAAUAUGAAUGGUUAAGUAUGAAUAUUUUCAAAGAUUGGUUGGCAUCGCAUGAAAACGAUGAAAAAGCUCUCUGCACAGCUUGUAAUAAGAUAUUAAUAUGCGGAAAAUCAAAUUUAAUUUCACAUUCUAAAACAGAAAAACAUGUAGAAAAUAUGAAGAGUCGUAAUAUCACUCUAUCUGUUUUAUUGCCUGUUAAACAUAAUAAUAUUUACGUGGACCAUGUUACUAAAGUAAAAAUAGCUGAGAUAAAAUUAGCUGCCUUUUAUGCAACACAUAAUAUAGCUUUUGAAGUAGUUAAUGACAUGGUUCCUUUGCUAAAAAAUAUUUUUACAGAUUCACAGAUAGCUAAAGAUCUAACAUUGUCACGGACAAAGUGUAGGCAAAUUAUUACAAAUAUUUUGGCUAAACGCGAAAGUGAGAAACUUAUUAAUAAUUUAUUAAAUAAUAAAUUUUCCAUUUUACUAGAUGAAAGUACAAGUAUUACAAAUGAUAAAAUGCUUUGCAUUUUAGUUAAAUAUUUUUCUAUAGAAAAUAAAACAGUUAUUACACAGUUAUUAGAAUUAGUUUCUUUAGAUGCAACAGAUUGUUCCGCAGAAAAAUUAUAUUCUGCGUUUGAACAGUGUUUUAAAAGUAAGAGGAUACCAAUGUCGAAUAUUGUAGGAAUGGCUUCUGAUAAUGCUUCAGUUAUGAUAGGUGAUAAUAAUUCUUUCAAGAGUAGAUUAAAGAAAGAGGUACCGGCCCUCAUUGUAUUAAAGUGUAUAUGCCAUUCCUCAGCUCUUAUCGCAAGUAAAGCUUGUGCAAAAUUGCCGGAUUCUUGUGAAAAUCUUUUACAUGCAGUUGCUACAUAUUUUUCUGGCAGUGCUAAAAGAUCAGCUAUUCUGUAUGAGUUUCAAACAUUUUUUGGAGUAGCAUCAAGAAAAAUUUUGAAAUUAUCAGGUACAAGAUGGCUCGUCUUACAAAAGUGUGUUGAGAGACUUCUCGAUAAUUGGGAAGUUUUGAAACAUUACUUCAACCUGGAAGCUUUUGAACAUAAAAAUAACUCGAGAAAGAGCGAGCUGAAAAAGAGAAUGAACACUAACGGUAAUGGCAAAACGGAGACGGACUUUAGUGCGCCCGAGAAAGACUACAAGGAAAUCAGUCUCGACAAUCUCAUGACUUUGGACUCCAUAGACGAUGUCGCUGAAGACAAACAGUUCAACGACAAGAAAAAAGUUGAAGUCAAAGGCGAGACUACAAGCGAGAUGCAGAAGUCAAAGGGGAAGCAGAUGAGCAAAGUGGGCGCUGCGUAUAUAAAACGCGUGGAGGUACAAUAUUGUGAGCAUCACGAAAUUUAUCUGCCACGCAGCAAAAAUAUAGAAAGGGCGAUCACUCUUCACUGCCCCACUUAG